AAGGUCUGCUUCUACCGAACAUCCUCCAGUAAAGCCUUUCUCUUUUGCUUCAGUUUCACCCUUCAGUUAAACUCAGACCAUCAAUGGAACAUCAAUUAGAACGAAGUGAUCACCGAUCGCAAGACGUCCCUCAAGUUCUAGUCAUCAAACCACCACCGCUUGUUACACUUUUUGAGGAUAAAUUCAUCUCAAGCAAAUACCAACUCUUGAAAGCAUGGGAGUCAACACUUCCUCUAGAUCAAUUCUUGACCACCUAUGCAGGCUCAGUUCGAGCGGUCCUCUGCUCUGGUGCUUCCCCUAUCACCCCUGACAUCAUCCGGCUGCUGCCUUCAUUGCAACUCGUCGUAACUGCCAGCGCUGGCAUCAAUCACAUUGACUUGAAUGAGUGCAGGAGGCUUGGCAUAGCAGUGACCAACGCUGCUGGUGUGUUUUCUGAUGAUGGUGCUGAUGCUGCUGUGGGGUUGUUGAUUAACGUACUUAGAAGGAUUUCUGCUGCUGAUCGGUAUGUUAGACAUGGUCUUUGGCCCGCGAAAGGAGAUUAUCUUCUUGGAUCUAAGUUGGGAGGCAAGCGAGUUGGGAUUGUUGGACUUGGAGGCAUUGGCUCAGCAGUAGCUAAAAGGCUAGAGGCCUUUGGGUGCACUGUAUUGUACAACUCAAGAACCCAAAAGCCAUUUGUUCCAUACCCUUUCUACUCCAACGUUUAUGAACUCGCUGCUGACAGUGAUGUCCUCAUCAUUUGCUGUGGAUUAACUGCUGACACUCGGCAUAUGGUUAACAGAGAAGUCAUGUUGGCACUAGGAAAGCAAGGAAUCAUCGUCAACAUAGCACGCGGAGCCAUUAUCAAUGAGAAGGAAAUGGUGGAGUGUUUGCUACAAGGAGAGAUUGGAGGAGCUGGUUUAGAUGUGUUUGAGAACGAACCUAAUGUUCCUAAAGAGCUCUUUGAAUUGGAUAAUGUUGUGCUGUCACCACACCGAGCUGUUUUUACACCAGAAGGUUUCAUCGCUGCUUGUGAACUGGUGGUGGGGAACUUGGAAGCUUUCUUUUCAGAUAAACCAUUACUUUCUCCGGUCAUGGAUGAAUGAACUAAUCAUUGUAUUUCUGUUCACGGUUCAGUUUAACCUAGCAAAGUCCCUUAAUUUGGUACUCGGUUCUUUGUAAUUUGCUAUAGAUGCAAUCAAGAGUUCGUAUGAAUAACUUAACUAAAAAUUUUCAAAAAUUUUUAUAGAUGAAUGUUAAUUUUGAUGAGAUGACAA